ACUUGUGUGUCAUAGAUCAUAAACGCUUCUAAUUUUGAAGAAUUCAAAGAAUUAAAUACCUCAUCUCAGGAAUAUCAAUUUGAAGCUUAUCACAACUGUCUGUUACUUUGGAAUAAAUAUUAUCAAAUAUAGACGGUUUGAUCCUUAAUUCUUCCAAGGCAAGUGAUGAAGCUGGUUCUAGGAACGCUGUUCCUAGGUGUCCUGAUUUUCAAUAAAGCUUCUCCCCGGCAAAUCAGUUAUGGAAAACUAGAAAGACUACAAGAUGCCUUGAAAAGAUUUUCGAUAAACGAUAUUAACUUGUUGCCCAAUGAAAACGAUAGGCUUAAACAAACCACUCCUGAAAAACGAGGUUGUAUGUAUCUUAUAGGCGAAAGUUGCAGUAAUGGACGUGUGCCAGGUGCAGGAGCUGACAGCGACUGGAUAAGAAAUGGAGGAAAUGUUCCUGGAAAACGAACUUGGAAAUUGUUCGAUUUUCACAAUCUCCCAAUUUUAUCAGGAAAACGUUGUGUAAAUCUUUUAGACGAGAGCUGUAGUAACGGAGGAGCUUCUGGUGCGGGAGAUGACAGUGACUGGAUAAAUGGUGGAAACAGUCCUGGAAAGAGAAGUUUAAACGUCAUGGAUGAUCAUAAUGUUCCCUUUGUUCCAUAUAGUGGCAGAAUAACACCUGGUAAACGUUGUGUGAAUCUUUUAGAUGAGAGCUGUAGUAAUGGAGGAGCUUCUGGAGCAGGAGAUGAUAGCGACUGGAUAAAUGGUGGAAACAGUCCUGGAAAGAGAAGUUUAAACGUCAUGGAUGAUCAUAAUGUUCCCUUUGUUCCAUAUAGUGACAGAAUAACACCUGGUAAACGUUGUGUGAAUCUUUUAGAUGAGAGCUGUAGUAAUGGAGGAGCUUCUGGAGCAGGAGAUGAUAGUGACUGGAUAAAUGGUGGAAACAGUCCUGGAAAGAGAAGUUUAAACGUUAUGGAUGAUCAUAAUGUUCCCUUUGUUCCAUAUAGUGGCAGAAUAACACCUGGUAAACGUUGUGUGAAUCUUUUAGAUGAGAGCUGUAGUAAUGGAGGAGCUUCUGGAGCAGGAGAUGAUAGUGACUGGAUAAAUGGUGGAAACAGUCCUGGAAAGAGAAGUUUAAACGUCAUGGAUGAUCAUAAUGUUCCCUUUGUUCCAUAUAGUGGCAGAAUAACACCUGGUAAACGUUGCGUUAACCUUUUAGAUGAGAGCUGUAGUAACGGAGGGGCUUCUGGAGCAGGAGAUGAUAGUGACUGGAUAAAUGGAGGAAACAGUCCUGGAAAGAGAAGUUUAAACGUCAUGGAUGAUCAUAAUGUUCCCUUUGUUCCAUAUAGUGGCAGAAUAACACCUGGUAAACGUUGUGUGAAUCUUUUAGAUGAGAGCUGUAGUAACGGAGGGGCUUCUGGAGCAGGAGAUGAUAGUGACUGGAUAAAUGGUGGAAACAGUCCUGGAAAGAGAAGUUUAAACGUCAUGGAUGAUCAUAAUGUUCCGUUUGUUCCAUAUAGUGGCAGAAUAACACCUGGUAAACGUUGCGUUAACCUCUUAGAUGAGAGCUGUAGUAACGGAGGGGCUUCUGGAGCAGGAGACGAUAGUGAUUGGAUAAAUGGUGGAAACAGUCCUGGAAAGAGAAGUUUAGAUGUCUUAUCAAAUUAUAAUGGUAACAAAUAACCCGACAAAUGUCAUUCAUCUGGUAGAUAAGCUAUUAUAAAACUCAAAAGUAAACUUUGCAAAAAUUUUGUUAUCAAUAAACUAUUUAUUUUAA